AAGAUUAAGUACUUGAGUACAUAAAACCUAUUGAAAAUUGUGAUAUCAAUAUAUAAUAAAUAACGAACAAUGGAAUACCCUCUAGAAAAAAUAAGACAAGCGAAAUAAAAUUGUCCAUUAAGUAUCUUAUUUAUAAAUCCCUGAAGACACAAUGCAAGCAAUGAGCGCUAACACGAGCGCGCCGCGGGCUCCUCAGCGGUCACCUUUCGCUAUACAAGAGCUGCUAGGUCUAUCAGAUAGCAGAGACUCCAGAGAAAGAUAUUUUGAAAAUCGGGAUAACGAUAGAGUAUUAAAUUUGUCAGAAAGCAGAGAGUCUCGAGCUCCAUAUACUCCUCAGUUCCAACUGCCGGCGUCUGUGGCCAGCCGAGUAGCGUAUGCUGCCGCUUUCAAUGCCCAGGCAGCGGUUGCAGCAGCAUUUCUACCAGGUCCACCCCUCCUGCAUCCACCACCUGGAUUCCCACAAAUCAAGUCACCCUACAGUCCCACCUCACAGCCGCAUCUCACAGCAGUCCGCCAGUUUUAUUCAGGAGUGCCGGCACUAGAAGCAGCGAAAGACUUCACAGUCGAUGGCCUCACAGGGUACAAUGGUAAAAAGAAGAAGAAAAAACGCCGGCACAGCAGGACGAUCUUCACCUCGUACCAACUGGAUGAAUUGGAGAAGGCAUUCAAGGAUGCCCACUACCCUGAUGUGUACGCUAGGGAGAUGCUCUCACUUAAGACAGACUUGCCAGAGGAUCGGAUACAGGUCUGGUUCCAAAACCGACGUGCAAAAUGGCGCAAAACAGAAAAAUGCUGGGGAAGGUCGACAAUAAUGGCCGAGUACGGCCUUUACGGAGCUAUGGUGCGCCACUCCUUGCCACUUCCUGAGACUAUACUCAAGAGCGCUAAGGAGAACGACUCGGUAGCACCCUGGCUGCUUGGUGAGUUCGGCAUGCACCGUAAGUCACUGGAGGCGGCACAGCACCUCAAGGAGUCAGGGUCCGAACGUGAGGGCUCGGAGCCGGAGGUGGAGCGAGCGCCGUCCGCGUCCCCGCACCACCAUGAUAAUCACGACAAUCAGGCGCAGAGCUCGCCAGCAAGUAGCACAACAGCUUCGUCAUCAGCCAAGGGACGAGCGUCACCAGAACCAGGCCGCGAGAUGUACGACGACCCUGAAGCAUUCCGGAACAACAGUAUCGCAUGCCUGAGGGCGAAAGCGCAAGAACACCAGGCCCGGAUCCUAUCCAAUAAUCUACUGCUACAGGUGCGAGGUCUCUCUCGAAGUGCAAGCGGCGUGCCGGUGGACGACGAUGGCCCUACUGACAUUGACGUCGGCACUGAACCCCCGCCCCUGGACCCGCCGCAUACUCCACACCCACCACACUCGUCGCAUCCACAUCCUGCGCACCUCUACUGACGCGCCGACACUGCGACCACGUCGCACAACCUUUACUAGUACCGGAGGAACCGUAAUGACUUACAAUGUUAAGGAAUUCGUUGACUAUUAAGCAGCUUGAGUCAAGCAUGUAUAGGUAAUUUGGUUUGAAGCCUAAGCUAUCCGCUUCGUAUUUGUCAAAUACUAAACAACAAAUAAUACGUGCUAGAUCAAACUGCUCGUCGGUACGAAACCUAUUAUAUAGAUGUUUGUGGGCAGUGAAUACUUUUAGUGUCGUUGUUAUCACAUGACAUACCAAGUCAAACGCGAUUUCAUUAUAACGAGCGUAUUAUGCGACAUGAUAAACUCUGUAAAAACUAUUCCAUAUUUAAAGUGUAAUUAUGUACAUUAUAGUUCGUAGAAUAUUUAAAUAAUUCCCGUUUUUCGUGCAAUACCUUUGGUUAAGUAUUUAUCAGUGUAGCCGAGUUGUGUUAGCGAUUGUAUAAAGAUACCCCGCACUUAAAUUAAACCUUAUUCUUAGAAGUUACAUGUCCCGUAGUGUAAGUGUAACAUUUCGAACUGUGAAAUUUAAUUAAGUAGUAAAAAUUAAUCAUAUUUAUUUCUAUAUUGUCUAGUAUACCAAUGCUGACUGUAGGUAUACCUACAAGUUGCAUUCCAAGAUUUGCAUUUAAAAUAGAGAAAUAUAUUUCGUCGACAACGAAAAUUUGUUUCACUGGUAAACGGGCUUCACGCGUGUCUAAAAUCAGGGGCAUUAAGGCACAGGACGCUCCCUAUAGUAAUCAUAUAGUAUAAAAUAAGACAAAGUUAGAAGUAUUUCCCCUGAUUUUAGUGCAGUGUGUAGACCGUUUUACUUUAUACAUCUCAAUAUAUGUAUAAUACUUGCCUAAACUUUAAUAAAUAUAGACACAUAAUAUAGUAAACUACGUAUGUCGUAUGCUGUACAUUGACGAUUUAAUUCCAUUUAAACUCCAAUGUCAAGAUAUAUCUUAAGCAUAUAACCCAAAUCUAUUCCAUGGAAAAUGUAUUAAAACUAUCAUAAAAAAAUCUAUGAUUACAUAUAACCAUCGAAUACAUUGCGUGUCAUAGUAUGGUACGAGUGACAGUCGUUCAGUAGGUUUCUUUUACUAAUUCAUUAUAAUAAUUGAUGACUAUUUAUCUCCAUUGAGGCUUGCUUUAAUUUCAAAUAUAUUAUUGUAAAUAAAAACUAUAAUUUUAACUGUCAACGGCACCAUACUACAGAUCGUAUAGUAUAAAUAAGAUUCAAUAAUUAAACAGUGCGCCAUAUAAAAAAUUGUGGUUUAAUAAAAAAUAUCCUCUCCAGUUAUUUUCUAUAGUACCUACUUACCUAUUAAUCUAAUGUAAAUAAAUAUAAAUAUCUACCAUCGAUCAGUGUCUAGACGGACUAAGAUGUAUUUACUAUUUGAAUAUCCAUCUAAAAUAAUUUCUAUUAAAAAGAAUAAAAUCAUGUAAAUGCAACAUCCCAAUUUGUUAUAUACUUUAAUUAAAAUAAGAUAAACGAAAACCAUACAUCGAAUACAUUCAACAGAUGUUGUCAUUUAAGUAAAUUUAAUAUAAUAAAAAGGAAAGAUAGGAUGUUUUUUUAAUGCAUUAAAUCAUAAAAUACUUAAAUGAUUAUAGACAUUCCUUGACAUAUUAAGUUGCACUAUCAGAAAAUAAUGUGGCGCGUACUUUAUUAAAAAAAUAUCACAUCUGUCCAUCUAACCGUACUGUACUAUCAGGAAGCCUCCAUAACUGACAUUACCAUUUAUAUUUAUUAAAAAUUUAUAAAGUCGCUGUUAAUGAAUUAUGAGUCCUAUCUAACUGUUAUAAGAUGCAAAAUAAGAAUAAUACAGUAUCUAUUUGCGCCUGUUAUCAAUUCUUUUAAGGCCUGCCGCAGGGACUAGUAAAAAUCAUAAGCGGAUUUUAAUGCCUGAAAAUACCACACAAUAAAGUACAAUUAUGUACGCCACGGAAAAUAUCGAACAAAAACUCUAAAAUGUGCGCAAGCGUUUGUAUUAUGCAUAUAUAAUACAAUUAAAUUUGUUGUC